AUGAAUCCUUACUAUUUUGGAAGCCCAACAAAUUAUGGUAUUUUACAGUUUCCACCCUCGAGUUUUGCUAGUCCACCUGUCCUAGGAUCCCCAAUUGGUGAGGUCAGUUUCCAUGGUGGGAGGAAUGGAGUGAGGUCACCUUCAGGUUCUUAUGGUGGACAUCAUGAUUUUAAAGAUACUAAAACAUAUUCAUUUCUUGAACAAUUGAAAUCUGGAAAAGGUUGUAGGCUUGGUCUUUAUGAUAUUUUUGGGCACAUUGUUGAAUUCUGUGGUGAUCUUCAUGGAAGUCGAUUCAUUCAACAAAAGUUGGAAAUUUGUAGUGUUGAAGAUAAGGAAUCUGAUGUGAAUAUAAAUUGUAAAUGA